AUGGAGGAAAUUCAACAAGUUUGUGUUAGAGCCGCCGAACAGUUAUCAAGUGGAAACGUAAAGGAUGCAUAUUUCACUUAUAUAGGUGCACUUGACGUGGCCUCGAAGGAACUGCAUUCGAUAAAAUUUGUAAAUAACGCCGUGACAUCGAAGCCACCGUCAGUUCCAUCAAUAUUCAAAACACUUCAAGCAUGCCUAGCCUACGCAGAAGACAUUAUAAACAAAAACCAAUCGUCAAUAUUAACGUCUAGAAAAAAUGCAAACCUCAAUAUUGCUAUUUAUCCACCAACACCAUCGCAAGAAGAUCAUAUCACCGACACUGCCACAUCUCCCAGAGCACCUCCCAUACCGCCAAAGCCAAUGCGCAGAUCUACUCCUUCUCCACUUUCAUCUCCCAGACAAUCAUAUAGCGUAUCAUCAUCACCUCCUACUAAACCACCUUUACCUCCAAAACCAACAAGAACGGGAAGUGUAAGAAAGAUAUUAAGGGAGUUUGAAGCACAGGCUGCGGCUACAACAACCGUUACUGCAAAUGAUUCUGAUAAUGUGGAUGAAGGUGGUGGUGAAGAUACUGAUAACGAUACUGAUAAUUCGGAUUCGGAUUCGGAUGAUGAAGACGAGGAUUCAGGACAAGGAACGUACUCGAGAUCUGACAGCAAUCUAAAGGUCUCAUCGGAUACAUCUCGUCGACGUUCGGCAUCACCCAAUCUAUCCAUAAUCAUCAGAAAGGAUUCACCAGUAGUUGACUCGGUUACCGACUCGCAAACAGAUGAAGAGUCGCCGAGCUCCUCUCACGCAGCAUCGUCACCACCAACAUCAUAUUAUGCAUCGAUGAACCAGUCAAAUUCUCAUCCAUUGUCAUUUUUGUACGAAAAGUCAAGCGUACCAUGUAAGACGGUAUAUCCGGAGGGAGCUGUUGAUCCCACAAACAUGGCCGAAGCCACAGUUAUUACAGACAUUCACAAUAUGCGAGAUCCAAGUUCGCCUACAUCAAUAACUUUUACUGAUCAUGUGCCGAAAAUUCCUGCAUCGCCUCUUUUAACAUCAAAUUCACGAUUGGAACAAAAAAUAAGAGCAUUAGAAACAAAGAUAGCUGAAUAUCGGGCUGUAUCCAAGGAUAGAGAAUCCGGGGUAGGUAUUAAAGACGAUAAAGGACAAUUACUAUCCGAUUUAAGUGAUGAAGAGAUAUCGGAUGCUAUUAAAGAAUUCAAUACUACACUGGCUGCCUCAAGACGAGCGAUUACAAAGACACAUAAGCUUGUUCAAAAGGCAGCCGUUGAGUUUGAUGCUUUACAGUUCCCACCCUACUUGAUUGCAUAUCAAUUGACACUUAUCGAAUCAGCAAUAUUUUUAGAGAUAGAUCCCGCAGCACUGUUAACCCAUUCACUCAAAACACCCGAUACAAAGAUAACUGCAUCAACGGACUUUUUCAACUAUCUUACUCGGCUAGUCGAGUUGACAAUAUUGUCCCCUACAGAAGCAGCAACGAGAGCUCAAAUUAUUCAUCAUUGGGUCAAAGUAGCAGUUAAAUUGAACGAAUUACAAAAUUAUCAAACACUAAAAGCUAUAUUGUCGGCACUCGGUACACCGCCUAUUAUGAGACUUAAACGUACUUGGACAUGCAUUCCAAAGAAGAGCACAACUAAAUUAGAGACAUUGAAUGAGCUGAUGAGCGAAGCAAGAAAUUAUCAGAAAUACCGCGAAUUCAUACAGAAAGAGGGAUUUGCACGGAGAGCAAUAGUGCCUUUUUUAGGAACAUUUAUCAUGGAUGCUACAUACCUUUUAGCCGCAGUCAAGUCUCAGUCUCAAUCUGGGGCAAGUCAACCUGGUAAUGGACCACCUCCGACACCAAGCUCAACUAACGUAUCUUCUCCUUCUUCGCCAAACAUAGUAGCAGCAAGAGAUGAUCCUCGUGUGCAAGAACUUUUACAAACAAUGCAUCGUUAUCAAACUGGGCCCAAGUUUUCGCCCACGCCACCAACGCCCUACGUUAAAUCGUCAACUAAACACAAUUCACACUUCCGCACUGCUAGUCUUAGUGCUGCUCUAUAUCGUGGUGGAUACAAGAGAAACGAAGACGACGACGAAACACUUGAAGAAAAACAAUGUCUGAUUACACAUUAUUUAUUAAUUAGACCAUGGAUGCCUGAAAAAAGUGUUGAUGAACUAAGUAUAUUACGUGAGCCACCUAAAAACAGGAACGGUAAUACUAGUUCCUCCUCUCAGAGGAACAGUGGUGGACGCUUGUCAAGUAGCCUGGUGUCUAAUCCAUAUUCUGAGAGCACAAGUACUGUUACAACAAGUGAAAUAGGGCGGACAAGUUCAGGCGGGAGUGGUGAUUCCCGACCCAACAGCAUGGAAGAUAGCGUCCUAUUCGGACCACGAAGUAGUUUGGAUAAAUCACAAGAUAGAGAAAAGGAUAAACUGAAAACAGUCGACAGAGACCGGGAUCGUAAAUCGGACGAAAGCGAUACUCGCGAAGAUUCCUACCGCAUCUACCCAGACGCAAUAAUGGUAAGUAGCCCAACAUCAAAUAAACGCCGUAGUUGGCGAACCGGGGCAAAGAAAAUGUUUGGCGCACCAGAAUCCGAUAAACCGUACAAUCGUCACUCUUCCAAGAGUGACCCACCACCAUUACCAAAACCGCCAACGUCAAAACAGCAUGCAAGGACAUCGUCAGCUGUUUCACCGACGAUCAAGUCGUCGACGUAUGCUCCUACGCUACCGGCGCGUAGAUCAUUGGAUGAGAUAAGAUCAGCAGCGCCACCGCCAUUGAUGCCUAAACCUGCAACUUUGAUGCAGAGAAGUGCCAGUGCGUCGUCUGCGAGUGGGAUAAGUGGUGGUGGGUCAGUGGGUGUUGCGGGUGGUGGAAGAUUGAGUUUGGAUGGUGCUGAAGACAUUAGAAUGGCAUUAGCUAGAAAGGUUGCGAGCGAGGUUGUCGCUGCUGGGGGAAUCCUAGAAAGGAACAGGAAUGCAAGUGACUAG